UAAUUUAUCGAUAUUCCCCGCAGGUUGUGAAUGUGAGAAUGAGAAUGUGACGGUAAUUAGGAAGGUUCGGGUGUAGAGAAGUCGGGGGUAAUCGGAUCAGUAGGAUAGCUUUGGCGGCGCUUGCUUUUGCGCCGAUCGUCACAACUGGCUCUCCAUAUCAACACGAUGAUGCGGAAACCCAUCGGCAUUGCUUUCAUCACGAAGAUCGCAUCGAAAAUCGCCCCGAGGUCCCAUGCACGGGUUUCUGUAUCGAGAGCAACAUGGUACCGAUACUCGGUGCUAUUUCUUACUUUCCUUUGCUACACGGCUUAUCAUAUGUCGAGGAAGCCUUUGAGCGUCGUCAAAAACGUGCUCAAUCAGAAUUGCACGUCUGUGGAUAAUGGUGCCUGUGGCUGGGCCCCUUUCAGUGAGUUCCUUUCACAUCAACUUUUGAUUUGUAUUAUGUACCUCGAAAUGCUGAAAACAUUCUUCUUCCAGAUGGACCGAAUUCUGCUCAACUGCUUGGAACUCUUGACUCCAUCUUCCUAUUUGCUUACGCUUUCGGCAUGUUUUUCAGAGGAAAUUGUUGUCGACGGGAUUUUUGCGGAGCGAAUGGAUUUGCGUUUCUUCCUCACGCUUGGUAUGUUGACGUCAAGUAUCUGCGUCUAUCUCUUCGGUAUUGCGAAGAGUUUCGAAGUUCAUAAUUUUGGAUAUUUUGCUGUUGUGCAGUUAAUUGGUGGCCUAGUGCAAACUACUGGUUGGCCGGGAGUCGUGGCAUGCAUUGGGAACUGGUUUGGCAAAGCGAAACGAGGAUUGAUCUUCGGAGUAUGGAAUUCGCACACGUCUGUUGGUAACAUUCUUGGCUCUGUUAUUGCUGGAGCAUAUGUGGACAACGAUUGGUCUCGAUCUUUCAUUUUGCCGGCGCUGAUCAUGGCCGGAACUGGCUGUUUCAUUUUUCUAUUCCUUGUUCCCGAACCGAAAGACGUUGGCUGCGACGAACCGCAUCAUUAUGAGUUUAAUCCGUCGAGAAGCUGCCAAGUGUUUACCGGGGACGAUGAUUCCGAGAAUAGUGAGCGGAGGGGCUUGGUGUCCAGUAAGAGAGGGUUCGUAGCGCGUGGAACUAAUGAGCUUGGUUUUCCUUCGAAGGAGUUCGACGAGUCGUUGAGUCCACGCAGCGACUGGGGCAGGUAUAAAAUUCUUGGAUCCGCGUCGCGGAAGCUGCGGUCUCCGUUAAGCUGGGAGUCAAGUCGGAGAGGAGCCGAGGCGAUCAGCUUUUCUGCGGCCUUGAAAAUUCCAGGAGUUGUUGAAUUCUCCAUCAGCUUGUUUUUUUCCAAGCUUGUGAGCUACACGUUUCUAUACUGGUUGCCUCCGUUCAUCAAACAGAACACACCCUUUGGAAAUGCUGAAGCAGCCUAUUUGAGCACGUUAUUCGAUUUUGGCGGCAUUGUUGGAGGCGUUUUUGCGGGAUUCGUUAGCGAUCAUUCGAGCAUGAGUGCAGCAACAUGCGGUGUUAUGCUGAUUGCUGCUGUUCCUGUUAUGUUCGCCUACCUGAAAACUUCCGUAGCUAACACCUCCUUAGCAUCCAGCAUAGCCUUGCUCUCGUUGAUGGGCUUCCUGGUGAACGGUCCGUAUGCCUUGAUCACGACGUCGGUGUCUGCUGACUUGGGGGUUCAUCCUUCCCUUGCUGGGAACGCGAAGGCGAAGGCUACUGUUGCCGCGAUUAUUGAUGGCACUGGCUCUAUUGGUGCCGCGGUUGGGCCGUUAUUGACGGGAUUCUUGGCACAAGGCAACGCAGGCAGUUGGAACGAUGUAUUUUAUCUUUUGAUGAUUUCUGAAGCUGUCAGUUGCCUGUUCCUUGUUCGGUUGGUGCGAGACGAGUGGAAAAAGUGGCGCGAGAGGCGGUACGUGAGAAGAGCUUGAAGUGCUGUCCUUUUUUCUCCUCGAGAUUUCGAAGAUUGUAUUGACGUUCGAGCUUUGCACUCAUUCCCCCCUAAAAUAUGUUUUCAUGUUCAUGCUUGCUGUUUAAGAAUGGGCUGUCUGAUGGAAAUGAGUGAAAUCAAGCAUCUGCACGAAACUGUUCUGGAGUGAGCGGUGAAAUCUGCUGGGGGAAACUCAGAAAAUAUCCCAGCUUCCAUUUCCCAAGAUUUUUUUUUUUCAAUCGUUGAACGAAGGCACAUAGACGGGGGUUUUCUUUUUCACAGAAAGGGGGUUGCAUAAGUUUGCGUGUUGUGGAUUUAUUUUUAUUUGUUGGUUUGUUUGUUCGUUGUGCGUGCCGUCCAUUUCUUAAUUUAUGGGUUGUUGGAAGCAGCGGAACCGAUGGUUUUAUUUUUACUAUUGUGCCGUAAUGCCGGUCACGUGACGCAAAGAAGCUGAUUCGGUAAACGUGAUACUCUCGAACUCCCCGAAGUUCGGUCUCCAUUGGUUGUCUCAAACAUAUUUUUUUGCGAUGAGAGCUACUGUAUAUGAUCAAUCUGAUUUAUAAUUUUCAAGUGUCGACGGAUCCCGUGACAUGGAGGCAUUCGAGUUUCUUAAGAACCUUACUGUAUUUCUGGGUUUUACUUAUCAAAUGAUGUGCUGCCUAAAUGCUCGGUGAAAUUCCACAUAUGCGUAAAGUAUCAAUUCGAAACCGGGGGAAGAAACUGCUUCUGUGAUAGUCCCAUGUGCCUGAGCAUAUUUUAGCGUCUUCGAUUUGCGAAAAUUUGAAAUUUACUGUAUACUCUUAGGUUUAUGUUACACCGCGUGAAAACACGAAGAAAUGUGUGCUAGUUGUUCGUCAAUUCCGUUAGGUCACCGUUUAUUUAUUUUUUAUUUUUUCCUCACCUGUGGGGUUUGAUGCGAGGGUGGAAAUAUUCUGAGCAUUCCCACGUUGCCAAACUUCGGGAGGAAAUUGUGUGGGACUUCGUUUGGCUUGAAUAUAUUUUGGUGGAAUGUGAUUUUUUUUACCCACUCCGGCAUUGUCCGUCCAGUGAUGCACGCGUGUGUUGCAGAGCGGUGACGGUAUUAAAAAACUUUUUUUGCCAAGAAA